AUGGACAUGUGGAACUGCCCUCGGCGACCUAGAGAAAUUGACCCAGAACUAUCUGUCAUUCCCUUCUUUCUUAUCUCAUUUACAAAUGCUGAGUUCAAUGUGUCCCGGCUCGUAAUUCUCCAUGAAGAAGCUGAGGAUGGAAAUGCUAUGCCGGAUCUUACCCGGCCGGUUAGUCUCGUGUCACGAGCCGUCGACAAUCUUAUAAAGGUAAUGAUCCGCGAAAUAGUGCUAUCUUAUUAGUA